AUGGCAGCCGUUCCUGCAGCGGACCAACCGGUCCCCGAUGAUGAAGCCGAUGAGGAAGAAGAAGAAGAGCCCUUCGACCUUUGGGCUGCAGCUGGCCAACAGGCUGGCGACGCGCCGAGUCCCACCGAUGCGGCGGAGUACCGGCAGUUCCUUCAGUUCUUGAAUCGCCGUGGCGGAGCCCGACGAGGCAGAGCUGAAGCUGACGACGAAGAUGACGACGACAAAGACAGCCGCAGCAACGCCGGGCCGCCACCUACGUGGGACGGAUCAACGCCGUUCCGAGACUACGUGAUCAGGGCUCGACUGUGGCUGGCGACGACGAAGACGAAGCCUCAGAGCCGCGGACCAAUGUUGCUUCGUAACCUCAGCGGAGUCCCCUUUGACGACAUGAAGUACUUGGCAAAGGACGAUAAAUGGAUGAAGUCCAAGGACAAUGGCGAGAAGCUGCUCAAGGUCAUGGACACCCGGGAGCUCUACGGUGACGACGAGCGGGAGGACAUGCUGAAUAGCCUGUUCAAGAUUACGUACGCCACAAGGCGGCAGAAGAACGAGGGCCACAAGGAGUUUUUCUCCCGUUGGGAAAUUGCCAUUCGGAAGCUGUCCGAGCAUAACAUCACCCUGCCCCCGGAGUACCUGGGCUUCUUGCUGACAAUGGCACUUCAGCUGAACCAGGAGGAGGUGAAGCUCCUCAUGAACUUUACCCAAGGGAAGCUCAGUCAGAAGGAUGUCAAGGAGUGGGUCAGAGUCCAUGAGACGAACCUGGACCUGCGGUCUACCACCAUGGCCAACGCGGCGGCCAAGACCAAGGUGACUGCGGCCCAUCACGUGGAGAGCUCCGACAUCUUCGCGGAGCCGGACCACGACUUCGAGAACGAGACCGAGGACGGCGGCAUCGAGGUGCUGCUGAAUGCCAUGGAGAACCUUGGAGACGACGCCCUCGAGGAGACCGAGGACGACGGGGCCAUCUUCGAUGAGGACGAGGCCCGAGAGAUCCUGUCUACGAUGGUCAAGGAGCAUGCAAAGAAGCGGACCUUUGCGGCUGUGAACGAAGCCAAGAAGCAGAAGAACUUGGCCAGAGGAUAUGGCUCUGGAGCCAGGCAAGUCUUUGGAAAAGGGUCUGGCAAAGGAGCGGGCAAGUCUGGCUUCAAGGGUGGUUUCGAAGGAUCCUACAAGGUCUCCAUCGAGGCGAUCAAGCGACGCACCAAGUGCGCCAAUUGCCAGCAGGUCGGGCACUGGCAUCGUGAAUGCCCCCAUCCUAACCGGAGGGCCAACAAGGGCGACAAGGAGCACACCACACAUCUCCUAGAGACCGGUGCUCACGAAGCCCACUUCCUCGGCUUCGAAGACUUUCUCCGCAUUAAGAAGGUCAUCGCCACGGAGUCCGACGAACAGAUGACGUAUGGCGGAGCUACCAGCAGUAGCUCCCACAGGCGACCAGUCGGACCGGCCUCGGUUUUGUCCGCGUAUAAGGAGCGACUGCCUGUUCAUGAUGUUUGGUUUCUUAGCAGGUCUUCACAACCUCUGCCGGACGAUGACGCAACAUGUGCUACUGUUGACACCGGCUGCCAGAGAUCUGCGGUAGGUAGCGAGACAUUGCAGAAGCUGCUGGAGCAUCAGCCCCCAGGCCUUCGAACCAUAGUCAAGAAUGAGGUUCAUCACUUCAAAUCCAUCAACGGCAUCAGUAAGACAGAUCAUGUGGCAUGCAUUCCAACAAGCUUGGGACCCAAGGGAUGUUUGCUGAGACCCGCGGUGUUUGAAGAUGAAGCUACCCGGAAGGCACCUUUCUUGCUAUCGCUGCCCUUCCUUCUUCACUGCCGUUCGGUUCUGCAUCUUGUGCUCUCAGGGUUCCGUUGCACAGGUUCACUAGAGGUAUGCAAGCCGAACUUAGCAAAGCCUUGGAACAACUUGAACCGGAACAUGAUGCUCAUCAACUUGAUAUCCCUUGUGAAGAUCGGCUCAGCAAGCCACCCUGUGCUUCCAUACCUCCACGUGAUCCCCGACCUCUCGAUCAUCUCCAUAAUGCCGGCCCAGAAGCGCUCCCGCACCCAGAAGAAGAAGCAGGACCUCACCGAGAGCGAGCUGGCCUGGAACCGCAUGGUCCUUCGGAUGAUCAUGUCGUGUAUCCAUGCGAUUUCCACAGCCAUCUUGUCGCACCUGGGUGUGCGAGGGCCGAAGCACAUCCUCAUCGACCAAGUGCUCGGGGAGCUGCCUCAACUGACAGGCAACGAGCUGCAUCAGCUGAACCACGCGGUGAAUCAGCACCUGGAGCGCCGGGCCCUCGAGCACACCAAGGACGAGCAGUGGGAUGCCCGCAAGGAGUGGAGCCGACAGACGACUCCGGACGCCGAGAUGGAGGGACCAGGCGAGACCGAGUUCAUACUGGUGGAGCACCCGGUGGCGACUCAGAGCGUGGUCGAGAACAACCGGGCGACGAUCCGAUGCUUCUGCAACCAACCGACCGUGGUGUUGCAGACGCGGAAGGAGGGGCGAAACCAAGGAAGGCUGUUUCGCCGGUGUCCUCUCUGGAGGAACACAUCGACCCGCUGCACCUUUUUCAGCUGGUUGGAGCACCAACCCUACUGGCAGCCGAGCCCGGAGAAUGUGGGCCACUACCCGGGCAUGGCCUCUGCCCGGAGCUCCGACGAGAUCCCGCCUCCGGUGAACUACCCGAGGGCGCCACAGCCAUCACCGACGACACCAGUGAUGUCCGAGAUCAGCCUGGAAUCCGGCUUCACCCUGAUGAGCGUGGAGUGCCAGCACAAGACGACCACCUACGCCGGAUCCAAUGCCUUCGUGAGACAGGUCAAGUGCCGAGAUUGCGGCAAGAUCUUGAAGAAGGAGAAGUGCUCACCAGGGCCCAGGCAGGUGCCGGCGGAGCAAGAACAUCAAUCGCCGACGUCUCCCUCGUCGUUUCUUCGCAGUCCGAGCGGGACAUCUCCAGUGGACUACGACCCGGCGAGGCCGCGGGGACCACCGCCGCCACAGCCGGUGGGUCCACCACCGCAGGCGGCACGCAAUCCGAAGGGCAACAAGGGCCAGAACAGCUCGAGCUCAUCUCACGAGAUGCAGGAGAAGAGCGACUGGGACGAGUACAGGGAGUUCAAGAAGUGGCAGGCACUCAAGAACGGUCAUGAUCUGCUGAAGCGUUCCGUGCAGCACUCUGUUCUGACAUACAUCAAGCAAGAGCGUCCACUUGUGGUGGUAUCUCCGCCGUGCGAGGCAUUCAGUGUGCUCAACAGGUUGUUAGACAACUUCCGGAAGACCAAUGUAGCAGCGAUGAAAAGACAUCUUGCUAAGCUGAAGCAGGGCAAGAUCCUCCUUAACUUCGCAAUGCAGGUGUGCCAAGUUUGUCAUGAUCAGGGUUCCACCUUUGUGUUUGAGCAUCCCCGUGGCGCCUCUUCAUGGAAGAUGCCUUCUGUGCAACGGCUGCUACGCCAAGCUGGUGUGAUUCUCGCCUUGGCGGACCAAUGCGUCUUCGGGCUGACUGACCGGCAGGGCCAGCUGCACAAGAAGCCGACCGGGUUCGUGACGAACAACAAGUUGGUCGGCGAGGCCUUGGCCAAGCGAUGUGGCCGGGACCACAACCAUGCCUGGAUCUGGGGGAGCAAGGCGAUUUCAAAAAGGGCCCAGAACUAUCCACCGAAGCUGGUGGAUGCCAUCCUGGAGAGCUACUCCAGGUCCAUUGGCAAGGCACCUCAAGAGGUGCAAGUGCAAACCUCGGGCAAGAUCCUGUCCGAGGACCUCCGGCAUGAUGCCAACUACUUCGCUCCACUCGAGCUGGAGGAGAUCGAGGAGAACUUUGAAAAUCCAGUGGCCGAGGUGAUGGUCGGGGAAGCCGACGAGCCAGAGCCGCCGGAAGUUCUCGAGGAGAUCAAACCGGAAGCCUUGGGAGUAACCCAAGACCUGGUGGUGGAAAGCGGUUGGAAACCAGUUCCAAUGACUAAGCGGUGGCUCUAUGUGGGAGAGAACGAGCCGGAGGUAGCGGUGCCUACGGCGGACAAUGAAGCACGGAAGUUGCCAUGGAGAUCUACAUGGACCAGAGCGGGAGGACGAUGGGUCGUUCUCGAAGACGAGAUCCGAUGGCAAGAUCUGGGACAAGCUCCACGCUUGGAGCCCAACACGAGCUACAUCAGCGUCUACCAGCAGCGGCUGGAUGACAAGGCCGACAAGAAGAUGCGGCACUUCCCAGGCAUGGCGAAGGUUACUCUAGAGCGGAUGAUCCGGAGGGCCCAUGAAGGUCUUGGGCAUCCUGAACAUGGACGGUUCAUGCGAAUACUUCGUCAGUCUAACGCCUCCGAAGAAGUUCUUGAUGCUGCUCAGCAGUUUCAAUGUGCCACUUGUCAGGCAUAUCGACUUCCAGAAGCUGUUCGGAAAGGUGCGCCGCCUAAGGAAGAGCUGUACAUCAAUGAAAAGGUAGGUGUUGACACAGUUCAUCUUCGUGAUCACAACAACGAUGCGGUUCCCUCGCUCAACAUAAUUGAUUUCCAUACUCACUUUCAGCUCGUGAUUCCAAUGGCUGCUGAAUCCGCAAGUGAAGUUCGCAAGGCAUAUAGACAAUGGAUCCGCUUUUUCGGGGUUCCCCGCAAGGUCCUGUUUGAUCUUGGGACGGAGUUUAAGGCCGAAUUCCGUCGCCAGGUUGAAAACGACGGCAGCGAAGCGCUGCCGAGUUCGCUGGAAACUCCGACCCAGCGAGGCCUGACUGAAAGAGCCGGCGGUGUUUUCAAGGAUAUCCUCUAUAAGUCCAUGAUCGACUACCAUUGUCAAAGCCGAGAGGAGUGGAAGGAGCUCGUUGACAUUGCAUGCAUGACCCGCAACCGCUUGCUUCUUCGAGGUGGGUAUUCACCGAUCCAACGAGUCAUCGGUUACACCCCUCGUCUACCAGGCGGACUGCUCACAGGUGGAGCAGACGAUCACACACAUGCAGCUAGGAUGGUAGUCGGGGAUAGAGAGGUGGUUCGUUCCAUGAAGAUGCGAAAGGCUGCCGCGGUUGCAUUUCAUGCGGCAGAUUGUGACCAAGCAUUGCGUGCUGCUACUUUAGCCGGGCCCCGGAAGGUGUUCGACUUUGAAGUUGGCCAGUUGGUCUACUUCUGGCGCCGAGGACUCUUUGACGCCGACAACGACAUCGAGCUCAACGACCAGAUCGCUUCAGAGGAACAGGGUGCUGGUGUGGGCUUGGGUUCGUCUUCAGGGUUAAAGAGGGAAGCCGAAGAGCAUCUUGAUCCUCCCGGGAAGCGCAGCCGCAUGCACCUGAUUGAAACAUACCAUCUUCAUCUUCAGGGGCUUGCCAAGCAGAGACAGAAGAAGGAGUCCAAGGCCAGCGACUUCAAGGGUGUCGAUUAUGAACGACUUCAGACGGCUAUUCUCAAGGAGAUCAACAAUAAUCUAGGGACUCAAGCGUAUGAAAUUCUGAGCCGUGAAGCCUCUCAGCACAUUGAGCAGACCAAGCCGGAGAAGAUAAUGGAAUCGCGCUAUGUGAUUACCAAGAAACCCUUGGAGCCUGCUGAGGUGAGCAAGGCCGAGAGCGAAGGUGUUCUUCUGGAGGUGAAGGAUCUGAUCGAAGCGAACCGGAUCAGCGAGGAGGCCCGGAAGCACAGUGACCUCGGAAUAAGGGUUAUGCCGAUCCCGAUCGAGGAUCUUCGGGUGUCAGUGGUGACGGACGCGGCGUGGGGGAACGCCAAGGAGCAGCCUUGGAUCGAGGACAGCCCAGACGACUACUGGGAAGAACAGGUGGACGGCUGGAUCCGUCACCAUGUGCAACCCCGGCGGACAACGUUCCAUCCAGGAGCUGCGCCGGCCGGACCUGAUCUACAUGAUCUGACAGAGUACCGCACCAUUGUCAAGUUUGACACGGCAGCGGACGGGACGAUGCGGAAGGAGGUCAUCGAAGACAAAUGGUCGGAUGCUAACGGCAUCCGAGUGGUCCAAGACGGAACUUGGACCGGGAGCAGCUACUUCCAGAAGUCCAAGAAGGAGAAGCUGGCAGCGAGCAAGGUGCACUCAAGUCUGAGCCAGCUGCUGAAUCUCAGCAGCCAAGGAGGUCAAAUCGUGAUCUACCACGACCGUCGUCUUUCGGAGACAGAGACGCCGGCCAUGACGACCGUAGCAUCUUGGAAAAGCUACCGUCUCAAGAGGAAGACGGUGGACACCUUGGCGGCUGAGGGUCAAGCCUUGCAAGGAGGCUUGGGCGCGGUGCAUUGGCACCGCCUUCUCUUCAUGGAGGCCCUCUUCGGUGACCUUUCGGUGACUGAUUGGAGGGCAGUGGCAGGACGACUACCCUUCCUCGCAGCUGUAGAUUCCAAAUCUUUAUAUGAUGCCGUUAACAAGUGUGCCUGUACAGCGUCAUACGUGAGCGACAAGCGGACUGCCAUUGAUCUGGCAGUCAUCAAGGCGGAUCUUGCAGAGACCAGCGGAAAAAUCCGCUGGAUUGACACGAGAUCGAUGUUAUCAGAUCCGCUUACCAAGCAACACCCGGGGACAUAUCUGAGAUAUGUUCUCCGCCAUGGUUUUUGGUCUGUGAUGGAAGAGGGACAUGCUUUGCAAGCCAAAGCAUUAGAACGGGAGGCCAGAAGAGCCAAUGAGAACCUCUUUCUUACGAUUUGGGAAUCUAGAGUGUGA